UGUAGGCUAUCUAUUCAGGUGAGGUGUAAAUCGCCCAUUACCACCUUUUACAUGAACGAGAACCAGCAAUCGCCGCACUGUGUAUAAAGCAUGUGCAUGCAGACAUGCAGAAUCAUUACUCUGCUCUCUGAGCUUUGGUUAAUGUCUGUAAACGGAGCUGAAGAGAUGCAAUCGUGUGAUUUCUGCGGAUGCGGCCCGGGCGAGAAUAUCCACGGUGUCUCAUUCUACAAAUUCCCUUUAAAAGAGGAACAUCGUCGCCACUGGAUAGUGAAUAUGGGCAAGGACGCGGAAUGGACUCCAUCUGAAUCCUCGUCGCUGUGCUCCGCUCAUUUCACUCCGGAUUGCUUUGAAUCUGAAUCAGUGUGUUUACACUCAGACGCGAUUCCGACUGUAUUUAAUUUCACACAGUCUAAGAAUCAGAUGCUAAAGGACACUGAAAAUCUCCCUCCACAUCAAGGGGCACCUACGGAGUCCACCGACUCAUCCAGAUCAUCCUGCUGUGACUGUUGUAAACGACUGCAGGCCACAGAAAGAAAUUACCAUCUGAAAUUAGCUGCUGCUCAGCUUCAGAUAAAAGAGAUCAAGAAGAAUCUAGCGGAGGAGUCACAGAAAGCAACACAAUGGCAGAAGCGAGCAAUAGUUUUGCAGAGCGCAAUCAGAGCAAUGAAACAAAGGGGGUCAAUACCUGCAUCAAGAAAAGCAUCUACACCUAAAAAUAAUCAUUUGGACUGAAACACAUUUUGACGAGGAUUAAAUGGA